GUCACAAUUUGUUUACAAUAAGGCGGUUAGUUUGCUGAGAUAAAAGAGGAGAACUUUGAUAUUUUAACGGCAUUGUGCAAGAACUUUUGGCGAGGGAAACACGUUCACGAUGAAGUUGGAGUUAAUUUUUUGUGCAAUCUGUAUAAUUGGCUCAAGAGCAGCUAAUUUACCAUCAUAUAUUACGCCAUGCUUAAGGAGCCUGCCCAUCAACGAGCUGACGGAAUGCGUCACGGCGGAGGCUAGAAGGAUCCAACCUGAAUUCGCAAAAGGCAUCCCAGAGUUUGGUCUAGAACCCAUUGACCCUCUGCCACUCGAGGACAUAGUGGCCAAUGCGGGAACUUUCGUCAUAAGGAGCAAAAACUUACUUUUGAAAGGAUUGAAGAAAAUGGAGAUUCGUGAAGUCAAAUUCAACUUGGACAAAAACACCGGAUCCAUGAAGCUGUUUGGCAACAUGACUUUCGUGGGUGACUACGAGACCGAUGGCGCUAUCGUCCUCAUACCUAUCAAAGGAAAUGGGAAAAUUACCGUCAAAUGCUUGGAUACCAACAUCCUAAUCAAGUACAAGCUCCGGAAAGUCCAGGACGCCAACGGAGUGGAACACCUUGAGACGUACGAUACCAAGCAGAGUGAGCAAUACGGGCGUGUGGUGUUCCAUCUGACCAACUUACCGGGCGGAGAAGCUAUCGGAAAGACGAUAAACCAGGUGAUGAAUGAGAACUGGAAGGACCUGAUCAAGCAGCUGGGCCCGCCGUACACCAAGGCAGUAGCCAGCAAGGUCCACGAAGUUAUUAACAAGCUGUAUUCUAAUGUUCCAUUUGACCAACUCUUCGCGUUAUAAGUUAAUUAUAGUAUUAAGGUGCGUCCAGUACCCAUAGUGUAAAUUUAUUCGAUAGCGAAAAGUGACGGACGCAUUUGCUUUAAGUCUUAUUUUGUAUCGGAUUUUGAGUUUCCAAAACGUCCCGCUUGGCGCGCUGUUUCUAAAUCCCAUACAAAAUGAGACAACGCAAACGCGUACGUCACCUCACGCUAUCGAAUUAAUUUACACUAGGUGUUCAGAUGUGUGGUAUAGGAGCCGCCAUUCACGAGUCGUUCCCGCACUGUACUUAUACGCGCUGUUCUUUGUACCCGUUUUUUACGAAAGAUUUGUACAGUCAGACCAAGCUAAGUUGGCACCGAUAUUGAUAGCCGAGAUAGUGCAAGCAAAAUGAUGACGUUUACUUUAAUACUUGUACCGUUUGAGCUAUCAAAAUGACCGCUAAUUUAGCUUGAUCUGACUCUACGCGUAAUGCGCGUGAGCAAAUCCUUCGCUAUCGAGCGCAUUCGCGGUGCGUUCGCCAAAUGGGUACGCAAAUGUAUGUGUGGCAGUGGCAGUUAAUGUGAUUUAGUACCUAUUAAGUAUUAUAAUAUGUAAAUAGAUUUUAACUAUAGGUAAAAUUUGUAUAGUUUCAUUACCCGUCGUAAUUAAAUGUUAAUUUUAUAAGUGGUAAGUAGCUAUUAGGCUGACUGCAAGGCCAUGUCGUGACUACAGCUCGCGUUUCAGGUAGGCGAGUAUAAUAAGGAUUUGAAUAAAUUCUACUUCCGAAGGUGCA